AUGGGCUUCGGGGAUUACAUCUGCGUCACUCUGCGGAGCGAUGGUGCACCCUGGGGCUUCUCUGUGGCACAUGGAGAGGGGGACACCUACAGACCGCUGGUGGUUUCUCAGGUAGAAGAUGGCGGCUGUGCCUUCCUGGCUGGUAUUCAGGAGCGGGACCAUGUGGUGUCCAUCAACGGGGAGCCGAGUGCAGACCUGACGCUGGAAGAGGCCUCUUCACUCAUUCACAGCUCCACAGACUGUCUGCAGCUGCUGCUCAAAAGAUGCAGCAGUGGCCCAUCAGAAGACAGCGAUCCAGACGAGACAUCUUGUGGUGAUGCUUUGGAGACCACCACGCUGCACAUCCUUUCUCCUAAACACAGACCUCCCAGUCCCAGGGAACUUUACAUCUCCGAGUCCCAGGAUGAGGCCAGUUAUACGGUUAUGGACAGCCAGGUGGAGGUUUUCCUGCCAGGAGUUGGGAGGGGCGACCAGGGCGAAAGAAACAAUGUGGGUGGCCCUAAGAUCAGUUGCGAAGAAGAAAGUCAGGAAGGGCCCAAGUCAUUUACUGUGACAUUUGCCACAGAGGAACCAGCAGCCACCCAAGAUCCCGACUCUGGGGAAUCCGAGGAAGACCCGGAUCAGCCGCAUAAACACAGAGCGAGGCAUGCCAGGCUCAGGCGCAGUGAGAGCCUGUCUGAGAAGCAUGUAAAGGAGGCCAAGUCCAAAUGUAAACGCAUCGCCCUGCUCCUGAAGGCUGCCCCACCCAACCCCAACAACAAGGGGGUGUUAAUGUUCAAGAAGCACCGACAGAGAGCCAAGAAAUACACUCUUGUGAGCUACGGGACCGGGGAAGAGGACAGAAGCGAGGACGAGGACGGAGACCAGGAUUCACACGCUGUCGAAUUGACUUUAGUGCCAUCCAAGGAUAUCCAGACAACCAAUGCUAAGAGUAGUGCGGCCGUGCUAAGUAUAACCUUUGAUAAGGGCCUCCUUGAGUUUGAACGAAACUUGAACAGUCCAGUCAAAAUGGACGACACAACGGGAAAAGGUGUGUUGAUGUUUGCCCAGAGACGUAUGAGGAUGGAUGAGAUAUCGGCCGAGCACGAAGAGCUACGGCGACAGGGGAUUCCGGUGGAUGGAAUGCAGGAAGUGCAGAAGAAGAUGGAAGAACACACUUACAUGCAGUCUGCGAUAGAGGGCCGUGGAUAUAUGGAUCAGCUAACCAACGAGAUGCAGAGCGCGCUAAGCAACCGCACCGCCAAACCCUUCGCAGCAGAAGACGUGGCUUAUUGUCCGGAAAACGGGGACAACCAAGAGCAACAAGGAGAGCAAAUAGCCUCACGCGAUGAGAGAAUCUCGACUCCUGCUAUCAAGACAGGCAUCCUUCUGGACACAAGGAGGAGAACUGGUGGGAAACCCAUGUUCAACUUUAAACAAGCUCCAAAGGUUUCACCCAACCCAGAGCUCCUAAAUCUCUUACACAGAGGGGACAAGAAACUGGGCUAUGAGUCAGGUACCGAAGAGGACUAUCUCAGUCUUGGUGCUGAAGCUUGUAAUUUUCUUCAGUCUCCAAGAUUCAAACCAAAAGUUCCUCCUCCAGUGGCUCCAAAGCCAGCAAUCAACCCGAACGCUCUGCCCUGGGCUGUGCCGAUAGAAGUGACCAACCAGGACAUGCCUGUGUGCACUGAAAAUAGCCUGAUAACACCUGCUGUGCCCCCCCCUGCUGACACUACUCCUGCCAUAGAAGUGGAGCCAGCACCUGCCCCUGAGCCCCCCACCCCCUCUGCUCCACUAGAGGCCCCUCCCAACUUUGCUGCAGAGGAGCAGCCCACGUGGAGUGCGCCCACAGUUGAGCCACAGUUACCGGCUCCAGUCACCGCAGCUCCCGAGGACAGAGUACCGAUGAGCUCGGUGCAGCCUGAGCCCUCUCCUGCCUCAUGGCCCCUAGCUCAGCCUCAGGCCUCCAACUCCUGGCACCAGGGCCCUCCUCCGGAGCCUCCGCACUCUCAGUUGCCUCCACAGCCUCCCUGGGUGACCCGCCAGCCUGCUCCGGUCCAGCCGCCUCAGCCACAGACUAACGCCUGGAGUCCUCAUGUGCAGCUGCACCCCCAGCCUGCGGUGCAGUCCCCCUGGCCUCAGGAGCAGCCCCCUCUGCAGCAGAUGCAUCCAGCCUGGGUCCAGCCUCAGGAGCAGCAGCCUCAGCCUCCAUGGGUGACGCAGCCCCAACAGACUCCCCAAGCCCAGCCUCCGUGGGUGCAACAAGCCCCAGAGUCUCAGGCCCAUCCUCCGUGGAUGCAGCAACCACAGGGUCCUCCUCAGGGGUGGCCACAGACCCCCGGUCAGCCUCAGCCUCCCUGGGGGGCCGCUCAGCAGCAGCCUGGAUGGAGCUCUCAGCAGCCUCAAAGCCAGCCUCCAUGGAUGCAGUCUGCUCCUCCUCCUCCCCAGACUCAGACUGCGUUGAGCCCUUGGGCCCCUGUGCCGCCUCAGCCUCAGCCUCAACAUCAGCCCCAGCCUCAGCCUCAGCCUCAGCAGGCAUGGCCUCAGCAGCCAGCAGAGCAGAGCCAGCAGCCUCUAAACCAGUGGGGUCCAGACCAAAGCCAGCCCCAGCAACAACACCGUUGGGCCCAGCCAGGACCUUCACCCCAGGCCCCUCAGCAGCCAGUGAACAACUGGCAGGAGCCUCCAAUUAAGACCUCCCCACAGCCUCCUGCUCAGCCUCAACUCCCAAACUCAUGGGGGCAGUCAUCACAACCCACCUCUGUGAGCACAUCCCUGGUCAACACACAACCAUCUCCAAAGCCAUGGCAGGCCCCACAGAGCAGAUCCUCUCCAGCUCCACCGCCUCCACAGAGAAUCUCCUCCUUCACUUUUGGCCAAAGAACGUCACCACCUGUGAACCCCAUGGCUACAGUUCUUCCGUCUUCUGCAGGUCCUUCCUACGAGAUGCCCACCGUCAAAGGAAAAGGAGCAGACAUGUUUGCUAAAAGACAGUCACGAAUGGAGAAAUAUAUUGUGGACUCUGAGACUGUGGAAGCAAACAAGGCAAGCCGCUCCACUUCACCUGCUACAUCUUUACCUACAGAAUGGAAAUACUCCCCUAAUGUACGUGCCCCACCAUCUCGAGCCUAUAACCCUAUUCAGUCUCCUCUGUAUCCUCCUGCAGCUUGCAAACAGCCCCCUCCCUCUACCAGCCCUAAAAUUAAGAAAAAAGACAAAGAGAAACCAGCUCCUCCUCCCCCUAAACCCCUUAAUGUUGUAGAAGUAAUGAAACAUCAGCCAUAUCAGCUCGAUUCCUCCUUGUUCAUCUUUGGACCAGCAGUAGAGGCUAAGCCCCCUGCUCCAAAGCCAGAGUGCCCUCCCCCUAACCCACCUGUAGAAAACCAGCCACAGAUUUCAUAUGAGCAAAUGGCCAUGCAACAGGCUGCACAGAUGAGCCCUCAGUACGCACCACAGGGUUAUGGGAUGCCAAUUUAUCAAAUGGGUCAACCAAUGAUGCAUGAGGGUCCCUACCAGCAGCCCCCACCCAACAUGUAUCCGUACGCUUACCAGCAGUCUCCAGGCCCGUACCCGCAAAUGUACAAUCAGCCUUAUCAGCAGCCACCUCCACCAGCUUAUCCAGCUCAGGGCCCACAGUCCACUGCCUCUCCCUACCAACAGGCACCGCAGGCCCCCUACCCUCCAGCACAAAGCCCCCCGUACAUGGCUGCCCCUUCUGCGCAGUACCAGGCUCCCAGUACAGCUCCCAGCUAUCCCAUAGCAGCCAGACCAGAGUCCUCAGCUGCUAACCCUACUACUGCCCCCAAACCCAAAUUUAUGGCUAAAAAGAGCUCGGCUCAGGCUUUUGGCAGGAGCUACUCUCUUUCCCCACCAGCCAGAGUGCCAUCCGCGGGCCAGCAAUCUCGGCUCGGUCCCAGGCCAAGAAAGCCUCUCACGCCCUGGGAGGCAGCUUCCCGUCACCCUUUGGGCCUGGUGGAUGAAGCCUUCGUCGUCCAAGACCUCCAGCACACAUUGGCGUCGUCUGUCCAUUUGGCCGCCCAACGCAAAGUCCUGCCCGAGCCGCCGGCCGAUUGGCAAGCAAGGGUUUCUUAUCAGGCUCCCAAGAAAUCUGGUAGUCAAACGUGGAGCCAAAGCAGGGGACACGCUCGGGCGCCGUUGCCGUCUUUUGUACCGCCGGUGCAAAGCGGCGUGGUGUCCAGCGCUGGUGUUGCCGGGUACAGGUCGCUGCCCAGACAGUGGCAGGCCCAGAGGUCAGUGACUAAUGCGUCCUCCCCGGAUCACAGAAGGCUUCAAGGGCCGCAGGGCUAUAAGUCGGUCGCGAUCGACCCCCAUCUCGGGUCCUUCAAACCAGAGGCCAUGUCGCAGUUCUGCACCAUGACGACCAGCGAGAGGAAGAUGCACGCAGCAGCCAUCUGUAGAGCGGUGCGAGGACAGGAAGAUCCGGUGAUCGACCUGGGAAAGAAGGUGAGCGCGCCCAAAGACAUCAUGCUGGAGGAGCUGUCGCUGGCUUCAAACCGAGGCUCCAGACUUUUCAAGAUGAGACAAAGACGAUCGGAGAAAUACACUUUUGAAAGUAUCCAGAACUCCACCAACAUGCAGCUCAAUAGCCUUUCUCAGACAUGGGAUCAGCAGGCAGAGAUCCACAGCAGUGAAAACAACUGCACUGCUGAAGAUUUGACGGCCACAAGAAUGCUCCCAGAUCCAGAAUCCAUUGCCCCAGGUUACACUGGUCCCAUGAAAGACCUCCCUCCAGAGAAGUUCAACAGCACUGCGGUCCCCAAGUCCUACCACUCUCCGUGGCACCAGGCCAUCGUCAGUGACCCAGCGCUGGCCGACACACUCAACAUCCACAUGCCUGACCCCGAACUGCAGCCCGAUAGACCCGUGUACAAGUGCUUCAACAGGGUGGCGACUCCAUUUGGCGGCUUCAGCAGGACGUCCAGCCCAGUGCCUCCCCUCCGCUCGCUGGGAGGGGAGGACGCAGCUCUCCUGGACUUCCCCGAGCUCCAGGCCCAGAGCUCGGCCGCAGCCCCCGCUCUGGACAGACCCUCCUUCAACAGAGCCGCGUCCGGAUGGGUGACGUCCCACCGUGGCCCCGCCCCCAUCAUCACCAUAUCCCAUCAGCCAGAGUUUGUCCCGGAGUCUGAUGAUCUAUGA